CAAAUCCACGUAAAAAGGCUACAAUUGAUUCUAUACUCUGUUGGAAUUACUAUAGAGGGAUAGGCGAACCUUUCUAUAAAGAUUUCUUUCAUAAAGAACAAAUAUGGGGAAAUUCUUCAAGAAAAGAAAACAAGGCUA